UCAGUGAGUGGACGUCGGUGAACGUAGUUGAAUGGAUGUCAGCCUUAAAUCUGUACCGCUAUGCGGACGUCUUCAAAUCGAAGGACAUCAAAGGCAGCGAUCUGCUUCAUCUGGAUCGGGAAAAGCUCAUGAAUAUGGGUAUAAAAGAUGAAUUCCAUCAGAGGAACAUUUUGGUGUGCAUCGAGGAACUCUGCAAAGCGUUGCCACCGCCCCCGGUGGCGAUGGAGACGAUGGGCUCGGCACCGACACCCGGGACUGUCGCUGUCGAACCGGCCCUUGGAAUCAACUAUCCGGGCAACAACCUGGCCAAUAACGCGCACAAUCUCGUACCGCACAGCUUCAGCGUGUUGGAGAAAUGCGGCAAAUGCCAUAAAUACCUCAGGGGCCUCUUACAUCAAGGCUUCCUCUGCCAAGAUUGCGGGCUGGUCUCUCACAGGACGUGUUCAGCGACGGGUUUACCUUCCAAUUGCAUAUCGGCCGACUCGGACAAUCGUAUCAGCAGGUUUACUUCAG